AUGGCUUUCCUCCUGGCUUCACUUCACUUCUUGCUCGCUCUCGGUGCACCGCGCGGCACGCCGAUUGAAGACCAGACCUGCAAUGAUUCCACGAGCCUCUUGACACGACCGGCCGUGGGGUUUCCCUUCCACGCUCCGGUGGGUAGGAGCGUCCUCAAGGUUGAUCCAAACGAUCCAAAGGCCUGGGAAAAUUGUGUUCCUCCGGAGGGCGUGGCGUCUUUCAAGCGAAUCAUGCAGCCAUACAGCAACCACUCUGAGCUGCUGCCAUUGGGGCAGAGCGUGGGCUUGGGUUGGAAGUCUGUGAAGGAUGUUGAUGCUUGGCUGGCGAAGUGGGAGAAACCAUGCCCUGCACCUUUGAAACCCGCGGCCUAUGAGCAUCAGGAAGCCAAAUUGAAAGAUUUCAAAGAUAUUGCAGAUGGCAUUGGCAAAGUGAAAUGGGACAAGAUGGAGUGGCCAAGCGGGAUUGGGACAGAUGGCAAGGUGGUGAAAAGCAACCUGGCCUUCCAAGGGGCCAUGAUCCAGGGAAUGUUUUACACCGUGGCAUUUGCCACCAGCUGGUCGAAGGAUGGGAAGGUCAAAUGGGUGGAUUUCGUCCAAGGCUUCGGAGGCAUCGCGGCCAACAUGGCGAACUUCGUUCCCACCGUGGGGCCGUUCCUGUCCGGUUUCUUGACCUUUGCUUUGGCAUUCUUUGGGUCCUCCUCGCCCAGCAUCGGGGAACAAAUCGAAAAGGCAUUGAAGGCAUUGUAUGAGAAGAUCAUGAAGGAGGUCGGAGACAUGAUGAAGAAACAGCUGGUAGAGUCAGCUUUAGUAUCUUGUAGGGAGACGGUUUCUGACCUGGUGCGAAGCCUGGAAUCCAUGCCACUUGACUUGCACCCCAUCACAGACACCAUGCCGGCGGGAGAGUAUCGUGUCCAGAAAGUGGCCUAUUACGGCACGAAGACUUCAAUCAUGGAAAGCCAAAUGAAAGACAUUUUUGGAGCAAGCGUGGGCUGCUACAGCAAUGGCCGGUUCAAUGACUCGCCCCCGGACACUUGCAAGCACUUUCUAUACAAGGGUGCCUUCUAUUUCCAAUUUCAAUUUGUUCUUCUGCACUUGAACUUUUUGGCCGAGUGGGCCCGCACAGUUGAAGGAACUGCAAUACAAGUGAGGCUUGAGGCGCUGAGACGGAUGGCCCAAAAGUAUGUGCCUCUUCUCGAGAGGUCUUUGGAGAUUUUCCUCAGCUUCCGAACCACUUGCAGCUAUAACUAUCCCGAGUGUUGGGGACAAUGCAGGGACGCCAGGCCCUGUAUUCCUGGCACUCCCUGCCUUCCCUGUGGCAUUGGGAACAAGUGCCAUGAAAGCACGGCAGAAUUACAGCGUCAAGAGAGGGAUGAGGAGGGAGAGUACGACGUGUUGGAGCGCACACGCUGUGUCACGAAUGCCAAGGGUGAGAUCUUUGGUGCCCGAAACCUGUGUGAACGGGAAGGGGGUCCUGGCAAGGUGUGCUCUCAAGGUGAUUUCGAUGGCUACUGGGAAGCCUUUGCCGAGAAUGUGCGGAACAACUUUGAUCCGCUGCUGGCCAUCUUGCGGAAGCUGACCCAGGAGAUUCCAGACGCCACAGCUUUGGUGGAGCAGUUGGUGAAAGAUCCGGUGAAAGAAAGGUCCACGGUCUCAGGCGCCAAGACCACUGACCCGGCUCUUUGUGAUUCGGCGUGCGAUAAGCUGGGGGAUGCUGCGGGAUUAUGGUUCAAGCAAACGGUCGUGGACACUUGCAAACCCUUUUGUUUGCAUACUGACAUCACGACGCGCCCCGAAUGCAUGGACAAGAUGGUGGAGAGCAUCCCUGCGCUGUUCCGAGGCCAAGUGAGGCCCUUCCUGGGGGUUCCGCGGUGUUUCCGUGAGGUGCAAUGCCCAUACCCGCAGGCGCAAGUCGUUGGCAGCACCUUUGGGGCGAUCAACUAUUCCUGGCUUGGUCCAGAGAAUGGAGAGGUGGUGGUGUGCUUUCACGGUCUGAAUGGAACGCGGAUGCUUUUCCAGGACACUGCGGUGUACUUGGCACGGCAUGGAGGUUUUCGUGUUCUGACCUUCGACCUUUACGGCCAUGGCUUGAGUAAUGCGCCGCCUGUAGACUUGUGCCCCAGUGGCGCAUGCUCAUCCUGUUGUCUUCCGGGCUGCUGUUCGAUGAGCGGCGCCAGGGGAAGGUACGACUUGGGCUUCUUCGCCGAGCAGACCGCCGACUUGCUACACGCACUCGGUCUGGGCGAAUCACGUGUCAACUUAGUGGGCUUCAGCUUGGGAGGGGCUGUGGCCAUGGCCUUUGCGCACCGCUAUCCUCGUCGAGUCCGACGCAUGGUCGCCAUCUCUCCGGCGGGCUUCGUGCCAAAGGUUCCGAAGCUGUACUACUUGCUGCGGGUUUGGCAGCUUUUUGUCAAGCGCGGGGUAGCCAGUGCCACGCUGGCCAUCUGUGACCGGGUGAACUGGUUCAACUUGGCGAACUUGUACCGCGAAGUGGGCAGGCAUCCCAGGCCAACCCUGCUAGUGUGGGGUGAACGAGACAACUUGAACCCGCCAGCCACGGUUGGGCAGAAGGUUGCGAGCUUCUUCUCGAACGUGAAGCUGCUGGUGAUCCCACAAGCCGGCCACAUCGCCCUCUGCGACAAGCCAGCGGAGGUGAUCCCGCGGAUUUUGGGAUUCCUGUUGCUCCCGGAGAGCACGAGCAUGGCGAGUGUGGGAGAGUUGCUCUCUACACUGUCUACACGUCCUCGACCGCCUGCUCAUGCCCGGUCCCUGAGAAGAGAGAGGAAGGGCGUCCGAAAACAGAGCCGUGGUCGAUUCUUGUUAGCUCAUUGUUCGAGGGGCUAA